AUGUCUACUGUGCAAGUUCAAAAUGAUCAAUUUUAUCAAGCAGUAACUUAUGUAUUUAAAUCUUGGACAGCUUUAAAAUUAGCAGUGGAAAUGCAAUGGGGUGGUAUUGACUCUGAGGAUAAGCGUGACUGGUUUGUAGACGUUGUUGUAGAAUACUUUGGGAAACAUGGUAAAGAAACUUACGAAGAAGACGUAGAAUCAAUUUUACAACAAGUAAUGGCAGAUGAAUUCAAUACACUGCUGGAAGAUGAUUCUGCUUAUCAAGUAUCAAAACAUCUAAUCAAAUUAUACGCUGAAUGUAUAGAAGGAAACUACUCUUCCGUCGAUCUUUUAAGAUCACGACACACCACCUCCGAUGAUGGUGAAAAUGUAAAUGUACAAAUGAUUGAUGCAAUGGAUACUUCCGAAGAUAUUUCAUCUAGUAAUCAGAAUAAAAUGGACUCAUCAAAGAAAGAGCCAAUUAUUGAUGAUGAAGGAUUUCAACUUGUAACUAAACGACGAAAAUAG